GGGGGAACGCUUGAAGUCUCAAAAGAAAAACAUGGAGGAUCAAGCGCAAUGUAUAGCUCAAUCGAAACCUUUCGAGUUCCUGAUAGGACCGGACGAAGUGGCCUUCUUCAUCCAUCGCGGCCUUGUCAAGCAGCAUUCGGAACCUCUCGAUGCGCUGGUCAAUGGUCGAAUGAAGGAGGCGAAAGCUGGGUCUGCUUCUAUUGUUGAUGUCGAUGAAGCCACCUUUGCCCGCGUGACGGAGUUUAUGUACACUGGAGAUUAUUCCGCGGCUGACUUCUCGCUGAUCUUGGAUGCUGCGGGAAUCAACGAGACUGGCAGUGCUGGGCCGACUGAGGUCCAGGCAACGGAGCAGGUUGAUUCAACAGUCAACGCAGACUUUCAAGAUCCAGCAGAUUCGGGCUUCGACGACCCGAUUCCAUCUCAAGACGACGGCUGGGGUGGUCAUUAUAGCAGAAAGAAGAAAAAAAGAAGGAACGCGCCGGCGCCCUACAUGGAUCCAGUGGUCAAACCUGCUGAGAACACCACCACUCGUAAAUCCCGCGCUUGGCAAGUCUUCACAUCUCGACCAAGCCCAAUCCAAUCAUCUCGAAAACUGCAACCAAGCUGCGAACCUCGACCAAACAAAGAGCCUUGCGAAGAGUACACCGACGUAUUCCUCUCCCACGCCAAACUCUACGUCUUCGCAGACACUUACGACAUCGCCGGCCUCCGCGCUCUAUCCCUCCACAAGCUCCACAAAACUCUGGCGUGCUUCACCCUCUACGACCAACGCGUUGAGGACGUUGCGGUUUUGUUUCAGUAUACUUACAACAACACUGCGGAACGUGAGGGCACUUUGGAUCCCUUGCGCAAACUUGUUGUGAGCUAUGUUUGUUGUCAUAUUGAGAAGAUUUUGGUGUGUGAUACGUUUAGGGCGACGUUGAAGGGGGAGAAUUCUGCGGCUGUGGAUGUUUUGGAGAAGGUUAGGGCGAGGUUGGAUUGAGGGGGUUAUUUGCUUGUUGUGAAGAGAUGGCACCUGAAGUGUGCCACGCCGAGAACAAAUUAUCGUUUCGAUCGCGCAUCGCCGUACGUUCUUUUAGUGCGUAACUCUGCAGUUAUACGAGCUUUAUCCAAGAUAAAAGCGGAGGACAAGGCCAU